GUUGGGACGAAGGAGGGGCCGGGAAGAGGGCGGAGGAGGAAGAGGAACCCGGCGGACGGAGGCGGCUGUAGGUUGUUCAGCGGCGGCGGCUGCUUAGGCGCUCUUUCCGGUGGACGAUGGACAGCCAGGGCAGGAAGGUGGUGGUGUGUGACAACGGCACUGGGUUUGUGAAGUGUGGAUAUGCAGGCUCUAACUUUCCAGAACACAUCUUCCCAGCUUUGGUUGGAAGACCUAUUAUCAGAUCAACCACCAAAGUGGGAAACAUUGAAAUCAAGAAUAACAAAAAGAUGGACCUUAUGGUUGGUGAUGAGGCAAGUGAAUUACGCUCAAUGUUAGAAGUUAAUUACCCUAUGGAAAAUGGCAUAGUACGAAAUUGGGAUGACAUGAAACACCUGUGGGACUAUACAUUUGGACCAGAGAAACUUAACAUAGAUACCAGGAAUUGUAAAAUCUUACUCACAGAACCUCCUAUGAACCCAACCAAAAACAGAGAGAAGAUUGUAGAGGUAAUGUUUGAAACUUAUCAGUUUUCUGGUGUAUAUGUAGCCAUCCAGGCAGUUCUGACUUUGUACGCUCAAGGUUUGUUAACCGGAGUAGUGGUGGACUCUGGAGAUGGUGUGACUCACAUUUGCCCAGUGUAUGAAGGCUUUUCUCUCCCUCACCUCACCAGGAGACUGGAUAUUGCUGGGAGGGAUAUUACCAGAUAUCUUAUCAAGCUACUUCUCUUGCGAGGAUAUGCCUUCAACCAUUCUGCUGAUUUUGAAACGGUUCGCAUGAUUAAAGAAAAAUUGUGUUAUGUGGGGUAUAAUAUUGAGCAAGAACAGAAACUGGCCUUAGAAACCACAGUAUUAGUUGAAUCAUACACGCUCCCAGAUGGCCGUAUUAUCAAAGUUGGGGGAGAGCGAUUUGAAGCACCAGAAGCUUUGUUUCAGCCUCACUUGAUCAAUGUUGAGGGAGUAGGUGUUGCAGAAUUGCUUUUUAACACAAUCCAGGCGGCUGACAUUGAUACCAGAUCUGAAUUCUAUAAGCACAUUGUGCUUUCUGGAGGAUCUACUAUGUACCCUGGGCUGCCAUCACGUUUGGAACGAGAGCUUAAACAGCUUUACUUAGAACGAGUGUUGAAGGGAGAUGUGGAAAAACUCUCUAAAUUCAAGAUCCGCAUCGAAGACCCACCCCGCAGGAAGCACAUGGUAUUCCUGGGGGGUGCCGUUCUAGCGGACAUCAUGAAGGACAAAGACAACUUCUGGAUGACCCGACAGGAAUACCAGGAAAAGGGUGUUCGUGUGCUGGAGAAACUCGGGGUGACUGUUCGAUAAACUGCGAGGCCCAUUCCCAUCACACCCCUACUGCUUUCUCUUUUUCUUUAUUGCCAAUCUCUGAACUCCUUCAACGCCAGGACUUGGAAGAGGCCUCUCUGUGCCCUUAUGACUGGAAAGGUCAGGUUUUAUUCUGGUGUCUGGGGGAAGCUUUGUUAAAUUUGUGUUAAUGUGGGUAAAUCUGACUACUUAAUUCCACCACUUCCCUGCAAAUACGACAAGAGGGCAAGGGUCUUGUCUGCUGCUUUGUUUCUUCUAAGUAGGCAUUUAGAUCAUUCCUUAGGCUUCUUCUUUUCACUUUACUGCUCUACUGCUGCUAGUUUUAGUCUUUAGCACACUAGGUGGUAUGCCUUUAUUAGCAUAAGAAAAAUAACUUUAACAGGAGCUUUUACAUAUUAUUGGGGUGGGGGUGGUAAGGGCCGGGUGGGCGGCUGCCGAACCCACUCAGGCGUUUCCCUCUGUUGUGGCGCUUUCUACAGUUACUGCUGCAGCUUUAAAUACCUGAAAGCUUCUGGUAUUAACAUUUUAGGGAAAUGUUAGGCUCAGAACUUAAGUGUUUCGGGUGGGUUUUUGUGUGGAGGGAAGGGGUAGUCUUUUAAUUUUUCGAUUUUUGAGCAUUUCUGCUCUGGGGUACGUCAGUGAACUUUAUUUACAGUGCUUGGAUUUGGCAGGUUGGUCUGCCUGGAACUGUUUCCACAUCAUGUAAAGCAAGGGUAGUUAGUGUCCCAUUACCGUGUGGCUUAGGGAUUUGUUUUUCAAGAUCAGCCAUGUCAGUUGGGAUUAGACUCCCUAAAAUCUAUCAGUGAUAAAGUAACAUUGAAAAAAUGCUUUUAGAAAUUCAAAUUACAGACAAAAAGUGCAUAAGAGCUGGUAUUUUCUAAGUGCCUCUGUUUAAUUAAGGUCACCCGGUGCCAAGUACCAUUCUUGCAAAUGAUUCUUUGAUACAACUGACCAGUGCUUAUUGAACAAAAACACACAGAUAUAUAUGAAUAAUUAUUGGCAGUAGGUUUUAAUUAUUGGGUAAAAAAUAACAUUGAAAUAGGGGACCUGUGAGUUGGGUAAUUGUCACUAGUUUUUUUGUUGGUGUGAUUUGAAACCUAGAAGUGGAGUAAAAUUUAACUAUUUAAAAUGUUUCCCCAAAAAUGAAGAUUUAAAUGCGUUUUGUACUGAAAAACAAAUCAUAACUCCUAAGUCUCAGCCACCUUAAGCUUGAAAGAAGAGUCGUUAGUAUUUUGUAAAUAUCAGGCUUUCCUAUUAGAAAAUCGUAUUUAUGAAUUCUGGUAUCUGAAAAAAAGCAAAACAAGCAAAGAAAGCAAACAGUACCCAGACUUGAAUUCCUUCUAAAUUUGAAAAAUAAAGUAGUAAGAAAUUGUGUCACGCUAAGUACAAAAUACAAAUUCUAGAGAGAAGUCUUUUCCUUCAUUUCAAAACAUUCUUUACUAAUACUUUCUUUGAAAGAAGCAGCUUACUUUUGGGGGCGACUGAAAUUGGAGACAUUGGCUCUAGCGUCUUUUUUGUGAAAAAAACUUAAAAAUCAGUGCAUGUGAAGUAAGCGCAAAAGGAAGUUAGUUUUAAUUAUGUAGCUUCUGUUGUUAUUACAAAUUUUUUGUCUUUUUUACCUCAAUCUGAACAAAUAAAAGGAGUUUGCCUGCAUGCUGGACAUGCUUCAGUACACGUGAAUAGCCUAUACAUAACGUCUGUUAGAUUUUAGGGACCUGGGUGUCAGAGCCACUAUGGAAUUCUAAAGUGUUCCUAAAUCAUGUUCUUGUAAAUCCCCCAGCCUUUUAAAUACAGUUGUUCAAGGACACCAAUGGAGGACCUGUAUCUGUUGGUUGUUCAUUUCACGUAAACGGAUCGACUCCUGACCUUUGGUCAUGAUUUUAAAAUAUGAGAGUUGCAGACAACAAAGAAUGGGAUAGACUCUUAAAUAAAGCAUUUGUCAUCUGUCCCUUGAAUAUAGAAUUUGGUUUUAAUUUUAUAAUUCUGUGGGCAAACAUGACAAAAUGGUGUAUUAAUAUAUACAGAGAAUAUAAUUUUAAAUUACAUCUUAUAGUUUUCCUAUUCCAAGGUGAAAUAAUGCAUUUAGUAAUUUGGGGGUAGGGUGGAAAAGUAUUAUGUUUAACUGGAGUUGACAGAUAUGAGCCCCUUAGAAAUUACGAUUUUCUCUCUUUUAAAAGAAAUCUGAUUUAUAGCUCUUGAAAACCAUUGCCACUUGGUUUCCAAUAAUGAUUAAAAUUCUUUUAAAAUUAGAAUUGCCAAUGCCUUGACCUUUGAGAAGGAUUUCUUAGAAAUACGUCCUACAUUUAAUUAAACUUUUUUCAUUAAAAUAUGGUAUUGGAUGUUAACUUUUACACAGUUCUGAGCACCAUUAAUAUCUGGAAAGUGUUUUGAAAGAUCAAUGGAAAGUUAAACAUUCUAAAUUUAACAUGAAUACCUUUCUUUUUGAUUCAGAAAAUAAAAUCAGAUUUUUCAAAGUAAA